AUACAACACAUUCACCAGACUGACCACUUCGCCUCGUUGUCCUUGCUUCGGAAGCAAAAUAUCUUCGACAGAACCUGUGUGUAUACUCGCAAUAAACCACAGCCAUAGAGCAUACAAUGUACGGCGAAAACGAUCGUGACUCCGGCAAUGGCGGAGGCACCGCUGCCCACUUUGCAUCCAAUCCGACCAGCCCGGUGAUGCCUUCUACCGGCGAUGAUGCAGUGAACGGCGCAACCAACACCUCGACUGCGCCGCCCAAAGCGGUCGAAGAUGUCAAGUACUCUGAUAUCGGCAUCACUACCCUCCUCGCCCGGCUGAAGCAAUCGAUCGCAUCGGCGCGUGACUUCGCUCAAUUUCUGAAGAAGCGCGCCGCAUUGGAAGAGGAGCAGGCAUCGGGAUGCAAGCGUUUGGUGCGCAUCCAACUCGACAGCAUCCGCAAAGCCGAUGUCCGUGGUGGGAGCUAUGCUGCGCAGCUGGCAGAGGUCUUGCACGUACACGAGCGCAUGGCCGACAAUGGCAUUCAGUUUGCCCUCUCCCUGCACCAGAUGCAUGAGGACCUGGAUGUCCUCUCGAACAAUAUGGAGCGCGGACGUAAGAACUGGAAACACGAGGGGUUGGAUGCAGAGAAGCGGGCUUCGGAUGCCGAGGCGGCUAUGCUGAAGGCCAAAGCCAAGUACGACAGUCUCGCAGAGGACCAUGAUCGCGCGCGUACCGGCGAUGUCAAGGGCAGUCGCAGGUUAGGUCUGAAAGGUCCGAAAAGCGCGGAGCAGUAUGAACAGGAUCUCCUUCGCAAAACACAGGCUGCAGAUGCCGAUUAUGAGGAGAAGGUCGGCCUGGCCAAGUCACAAAGAGAGCAGCUUCUCAGCGUGGGUCGACCUCAGGCGGUAAAGGCUCUGCAGGAGUUGAUCCACGAAUGCGACAGUGGGUUGACUUUGCAGCUGCAGAAGUUCGCAACAUUCAACGAGAAACUGCUUCUCGGCAAUGGUCUAGCGGUCAGCCCAUUGGCCGAAAACGAUGGAGCUCUCCCACAGAGAAGUCUCCGUGAUUUGAUCAGUGACAUCGACAACGAACGCGACUACCACAACUACGUGAGCAGCUUUUCCGGCAAGGUCCAGGCUCCGAGCGAGAUCAAAUACGAGCAACAUCCGACCUUGGUACCCAAACCACCGCCACCGCCCUCACAGCAACCUCACGUCUCGUCGGGAAACCCCAUGAGCCAGCCAGCUUUAGCUUUCAGCCUUCUUGGAAAUCAAAACAACUCGCCGAGCGACCGCUUUGCUCCCCAGACUGGCCAACAACCUCUACCGCCUCCGCCGAAGGAGAAUCUGCCAUACCAGCAGCAGCCUGACCCUCAAUCAUUAGCAUACCGACAGGCUGCGCAACCCUCGUAUGCCUCUCAACCACCGCCACCAGUGAGCAACUACGGCUCCCCACCAUACCCUACCCACGGAAACGAAUUUGCCCAGCACACCGGCGGCGCGUUACCAACCCUCCCUACAGCGCCAAUGGUCUCCACAGGCGCAAUGGGCCCUCCUCGCGGCGGCCCUAUGAGCCCACCGCAAUCCACCCCCGCCCGUCCCGUCUUUGGUCUCUCCCUCGAGGAACUUUUCGCACGCGACAACUCCGCCGUCCCCACCAUCGUCGUCCAAUGUAUGCAAGCCGUCGACCUCUUCGGAUUGGACGUCGAAGGGAUCUACCGCGUCAGCGGCAACGCCACUCACGUGAACGCGCUCCGCAACGCCUUCGACACCCUCCCCCCCGGCGCACCCCAACUCGACUUCCGCAACCCGGCGAAUUUCUUCCACGACGUCAACGCCGUGACGACGCUGCUGAAGCAAUUCCUCCGCGAGCUUUCCGACCCGCUCUUCACCCGCGCCGGAUAUACCCAUUUCAUCGAAUCGGCGAAAAUCGAUGAUGCGGAUAAACGCCGCGAUGCCCUCCACCAGGGUAUCAACGAUCUCCCCGAUCCGAAUUACGCUACCAUGAGGGCUUUGGUCCUGCAUUUGUAUCGCGUCAUGCAGAACGAGAGUCGCACGAGGAUGGGGAGUGCGAAUCUGGCCGUGUGCUUCGCGCCAAGCCUCAUGGGUCAACAUACCGGCGCGCAAAUCGCCGAUGCGGGGUUGCAGGCCAAGGUCGUGGAUACCAUCCUCAUCAACGCCACGGCCAUUUUCGACGAAGAUUAGUUUUGGAUUUUUCUUCACUGGCUCGGUGUGCUCCUCCUCCCAUGAUGAGCACAGAAGCGAAAAUGACAAGGAGGGCCAGGUUUUCUUUUUUCCAUCUUUUUUCCGAAGAAUCUCCUAGAAGGGUGAAAUGUUUUGUACAAGGAUUUUCGUAUUUUCUUAUUCUCCUUCUUGCGAUCUCUGUCUGGCGAUGCCGUUGGAUAAAUCAGAUCUCAAAUCAGUUCUUUUCAACUCUGUUCUACCUCUCGCCCGCACGAUAUUUCGAACAAUACAAAUCUCGUGAAGCCUCCCGUCGUCGUUGUCGUGGCUUUUGCACGUUCUCUGAACACCCCUCCCUUCCCCUUCUCAGAAGCACGGCGACAAAAAUACACGGAUACGGUUUUGCUUUUCUUUGUAUCUUUCUCACGUGGAGGAGGAGGAGGAGGAGGGGGGGGGAAGAACAAAUGAAUUUUUAUAUAUUUAAUAUCUAAGAUUG